GUGUAUUUACUUACAAAAACGUGAUCGAAGCGCAGAUGGUAUUCUCUUGAAGUUCAUACGCCGGGAAACAAGUCUCCAUUCUUCCUUCCUUUCUCUUGAAGUAAUUGAGCCUGAAAUUCUUGUUCGGAAUAUCAAAAUGAAGACGAAAUCGGAUCCAAAAGUAUUUAAAUUGAAGCAAUUUUCUGUAUGGAGUGAUGGUUCGGAAGAAGCAAAUUAUGGAGAAAGUCCAAAGACAGUUGAAGACUUAAUGAAGGAAUUUCAAAUUAAAAUCAUGAAUAUAGAUGAAGAAAAUAUGGACAUGGAAUUUGAUAUGAUAGGUACUGGGCCACCUAUUGCAAAUGCCAUUAGAAGAAUUCUACUUGCAGAAAUUCCUACCAUGGCAAUCGAUAAAAUAUAUCUUUAUAACAAUACAACUGUUAUACCUGAUGAAGUUCUAACACAUCGGAUAGGUUUAGUACCAAUAAAAGUGGAUCCUCGUUUGUUUGUUUCAAAAGUUAAUGAUGAUGAUGAGGGCACUGAAGAAGACACAGUUCAGUUUGAAUUAAAAGUUAAAUGUCCGAAAGAUGCGAAAGAAAAUUUAAAAGUGAAAUCUGGGGAUUUAAAAUUUGUACCUAUUGGUAAUCAAAAGGAAUUGUAUGAUGAUAUCAGACCUGUACAUGAUGACAUCCUAUUAGCUGUUUUAAAACAGGGUCAUGAAAUUGAUCUCAAAGCAUUUUGUUAUAAGAACAUCGGAAGAGAACAUGCCAAGUUUUCACCUGUUGUUGUUGCAACUUAUCGUCUUCAUCCACAAUUGAGGUUAUUGGAUAGAAUAACUGGAGCACGAGCUCACACUUUAGCAGACUGUUUCCCACAAGGAGUCAUUAAAAUUUCAAAAAAAGAUGGUGAAGAUGUUGCUAAAGUUGCAGAUGCUAGGAAAAUUAAAUGCUCACGAAAUAUAUUCUUACACGAUGAGCUUAAGGAUGAUGUAGAAGUGUGCACAAUAAAAAAUCAUUAUAUUUUUACAGUGGAAUCUGCUGGUGCUAUAGCUCCUGAAGUGUUAGUUCCAGAAGCCAUUAAUAUUCUGAAAGAAAAAUGCCGCUUUUUCUUGUCAGAACUGAAAGCAUUAAAAAUGUGAUCCUACUUUCAUUAUUGUACAUAUCAUUGUUUUUGUUAUUUGUAAAAAAUAAUAAAUUAUAGAAAAAAAACA